CAUGAACUUAACUGAAGGUUUGUUUACUAGAGCUAUAAUGGAAAGCUCUUCCAGUUUGUGUCUCUGGGCUCUAACGCGAGAAGCAGAAAAUAAGGCGUUUUUUGUUGGCACUCAGGUUGGAGUCAUUACAACCGAUUCCCAAACUUUGUUAGAUGCAUUGCGAGAAGUGGACUAUAAAAAGUUAAAAGUAGCUGAAAAUACAGUGACUAUAGCGACAUUUGCAAUCGGAAAUAUAUUGGCGGGUUUACCAUUUGGACCGGUCCAGGAACCUGAUAGUUCAGACGCUGUUAUUACUGGUCGAAGUUACGAAAUAUUGGAAUCUGGAGAUUACAACAGUGUCUCUACACUUAUAGGAUUUAAUUCAAACGAAGGGGGAGCGUUUGAGCAAUAUGUUGCUAUAGCGGCUUUGAUCCUCCUGGAAUAUGAUCUUCAACUGUCGAGAUUUGCCCCUUAUGAUCUAACAGACAAUGACGAAACGAAAACAUUGGUAGGGACUGAAAUUAGACUUCACUAUUUUGGAGUGGGGCUGAUUAGUUUGCAAGCUUCAAAUCUCAUUACGUUCGCCGAUGUCGACCAGUUUGUUAGACCAAUUCGAGAAACAGUUAAUUUAAUGUCUCAGUAUGGUGAUGUUUAUUAUUAUGAAUUUUCCUACGAAGGAGAUUUAGGAAAUUCUGAUCGUGAUUUCGAAGGUGUCGGUCAUGGAGAAGAACUUAACUAUUUAUUUUAUACUGGUGCAGAAGCAGAUGAUGAAGAUCAACUAACGCGAGAAAGACUAGUAACAUUAUGGACAAAUUUUGCAAAAACGGGAGAUCCUCUUUCAUAUGACUAUUAUGGGGUACUUGAAAAUGUGACAUGGAUACCGAACACUGCCGACACUAAUACAACUGAGACUGUGUACUACUUAAACAUUAACGAUACGCUUACUUUAGAAACUAAUCCAUUUCAAAGCGACUGGGAGUAUUACGAAGAUAUUUAUGAAACAUACGGAAAUGAAUCUUAUUACACAACAUAUUAAACUGUUAUUACAUUAAAAAUUAAAACAAAUAAACA